GAUAACGUGACGUGUUUCCGCCGUCAGUGUGUGCCCUGUGCCUUGCACUGUAUCAUCGCCUUUCUAAACGAUUUUGUAACAUAUUUUCACAGGCUAAAAGUGCACAUUAGUUUCUCUAGUGGAUAGCUGUUUCUUACUGCAGAUGUGGUAUUUAUAAUAUUUGUUCAAUGCGGCCUGGCCCAAUCUGGAAAUGAAAAUGUAAGUUAGCUAUCGAUAUCUGAAGAGGUAGGUCAGCGUUAGCUGUUAGCUUUUUUAGCCACUUAGGCCCGGCUGUAUGUGAGCACAAAGCCCGUGUACACUGCCUCGUUUUUUUAAAUAAUGUAUCCCUCCUGGGGAAAUUUUGGAGGACCCCAGUCGCAAAACUAUGGAGGCUCUGGGCCCCGUAACGUUAAGCAGCCUGGUGGCGGCCACACCGCCCCGGGAGCGGGGUUCGGCGGCUUCGAGGCCCCAUCCAGCGGCUCGCUGUUCUCCAGCCUGCAGGAGCAACACCUCCAACAGAUGCAGCAGCUGCAGAUGCUGCAUCAGAAACAGCUCCAGUCUGUGUUACAACACGGUAACAAUGCUAAUGCGUACGCUGGUGGACACUCCGGUGGGCAUUCAGGCCCAUCGUGGCAUUCAGGAGGAUCAGGGCAUCCAGAUAGCGGUGUUGGAGCUCAGUCGUACUAUAAACAAGACGAGAUUUCUGCUCAGCAGGGUCACCCACAGCCUCCUCCGCCUCCACCGCAACCGCAACCCAACGACCCCCAACCGGUUCCUCCCCCUCCAGAGCCCCCGUCAUUAAAGUCACCGGAGAACAACGGUGCUCCCAAAUCCAAAGAGGCCAACAAGAAACAUUCAUCCACGACAGAAGACGACAAAUCCUUACCUUUGCAGGAACAACAGCAACUUUGGUACAAACAACAUCUUCAAAAUCUACAGAAGUUAAAGCAAGAGAGAGCCAAACAGAACCAGAAAGAGGGUGAUGGUCCUGUGCCGCUACCAUCCGUGCGCCAAGGGGUUCCUCCUCCUCCUCCAUCAGAACCACCAAAAGGCAUACCGCCUCCACCCCCUCCAAAAGAGGAGCCCCCAGCACCACCUCCACCCCCUGAGGAGGUAAGGAGGGAAAAUGUAGGAAAAUCACCUACAUUUACAGACACACCCGAGGUCCCACAAGACCCAGAGGAGGCUGCCCGCCUCCAGCAGUUACAGGCUGCAGCAGCGCAGUGGCAACAGGUGCAGCAGCAGAGAGCAGGCUUACAAUACCAGGCUCUCAUGCAACAACAUGAAAAGCUUCAGCAGAUCCUGGAACAAUACCAACAGCUGAUUCAGCAACCUGCAAACCUACAGUCAAUGUCUGCUGAAAUGCAGCUGAGGCACUAUGAAAUGCAACAGCAGCAGUUCACUCCUUUGUUCCAAGACUGGGAUCGCUCUUUCGUCCUGUGGCAUGAGCAGUUCCAGACCUAUCCCCACAAAGACCAACUACAGGACUAUGAGCACCAAUGGAAGCAGUGGCAGGAGCAGAUGAACGCCACCAAUGCCCACCUUCAAGAAAGGGUGGCCACUCUCACUGCCAUGGUACCAUUCACCUCAAGCCAGUAUAGUAGUGGGAUGAUGGGACAGUAUGGCCAGUACCCUGGACAAGACAUGCAAAUGCAGCAGCAGUCAGUAAAACCGGGUAUGCAGCAUUCCCCAGUUGCUGUUGGUCCCAGAACUCAAGGUCCACUGCCCGCUGGCUUUGGGGCACAUUCAGAAUCACCUGCUGGACCCCCUGUAAGAGGAGGUGGCCCUGCUGGCGUAGUCAGACCCCCAGGUCCCCCCACCAUUCAGCCACCAAGCUUCAACAGCAUUAGAGGUCCACGUUGUCCUACUGGUCCCAGUGGAAACCCUAGAUUUGACCAGCCACAGCAGCGCUUUGAUGGUCCCCCGAGGUUCGACCAACCACAGCAGCGUUUUGAUGGUCCCCCGAGGUUCGACCAACCACAGCAGCGCUUUGAUGGUCCCCCGAGGUUCGACCAACCACAGCAGCGCAUUGAUGGCCCCCCGAGGUUCGACCAACCACAGCAGCGCUUUGAUGGCCCCCCUCGAUUUGACCAACCACAGCAGCGCUUUGAUUGCCCCCCUCGAUUUGACCAACCAAGGCACCGCUUUGAUGGUCCCCCCAGAUUUGACCAACCACGGCAGCACUUUGAUGGUCCCCCCAGAUUUGACCAACCUCGUUUUGGGCAGCAGCCUCGGUUUGAGCAGCCCCCAAGGCACCCAGGCCCCCCGCCUCGUUUUGAACACCCUCCUGUGCCCCAACAAAUACAACAGCAAAGUCCCCAACCUAAGGCAGAACCAGCCACUAAACAACCUGCCAGUAUGGAUUCCAAAACUCCAGGAAAAUCAUCUGGGCAACCACAGUCUGAAAAAGAAAAAAGUGAAUCUGAACCAGAUAACCCUAAAGCCAAUGCUGAGGACAUGACAGAUGACAACUUGCUUGGAAAUGAGGGCUUUUUUGUCCAAAAUGACCCCAUUCCUCAGACAUUACAAACAAACACAAAGCUUAAAGAACCUGAUGGCAAUAAUGCUUCUGACAAUAAUGAAAAACCCAAAUCUGUUAACAACAAGCCUUCUGUAACUACUCCUUCACCUGUAGCAUCAAAAAAUAGUGCUGCUCAAAAUCCCCUCAAACCAGAUGGUCCACUGACAAACAAAAAAACCCCACUGGUUCCAAAGCCCCCUGGAAUCCAACAGGAGCCACAAGCUUCUGGCCAAAUGCAGUCAAGACCAGAUCCUCCAAGGCCUCCCCCUGUCAGGGGAAGAGGCCAGCCCCCUGUCCAAGUGCAUGGACGAGGACGUGGGCAGAGGGGCUGUGGAGACUUCAGGGGACCAAACACUGUACCACUUGGGGAGAAGAUGGGAGAAAUGUCAUAUGAUUACAUGCCAUCCGAAGAGGACUUGGGGGUGCCAGAAGAGCAGGAAGAGUAUAACUGGCAUGAUCCUUCAUAUGAGGAGUGUGGUGGUGGGGAAUCUGAAGUGCGCCCUGAAGAAAUGUGGAUGCCAGAGGAACAUCACUUCUCAACAGAGGAAGAGUAUUAUGAAGAGCGAAUAGGAGGGCCCCCUAUGGGGAGAGGAGGCCCCCCAAUGAUGAGAGGAGGCCCCCCUAUGGGCAGAGGUGGUCCUCCUAUGGGCAGAGGUGGUCCACCUAUGGGCAGAGGUGGUCCACCUAUGUGCCGAGGUGGUCCUCCUAUGGGCCGAGGCGGUCCACCUAUGGGCCGAGGCGGUCCACCUAUGGGCAGAGGUGGACCGCCUAUGGGAAGAGGUGGACCGCCUAUGGGAAGAGGGGGUCCCCCGAUGGGAAGAGGGGGACCUCCUAUGGGAAGAGGGGGACCUCCCAUGGGAAGAGGGGGACCUCCCAUGGGAAGAGGAGGACCUCCCAUGGGAAGAGGAGAGCCAAUGGACAGGCACUGGGAAGAACCUGAGUCAGCAGAGUACUCAGAGGAAGGGGACCCUUACUGGGGAGAAAGGAGACCUCCAAUGAGAGGCAUGAGACCCCCGUUUCCACCUGGUCGCGGUCGUCCCCCACGUGGUCAUCCUGGUUUUAUGCACCAAGGAAGAGGACGCCCCCCACACCCAGCACAUGGGCCAAUGGAUCAUGAGCCAUUAGGACAUGAAAUGGACACUGAAGAUACCGAAAUGGAUCCAGCAAGGCACCCCAUGUACCGUGGACAUGGCCCUCAUAACCAUCCGAUGCAUCCUGAUAUAGGAAGAGGCAGGCAUCGUGUUCCACCACCACCACCUCACGAAAUGAUGGAUUCUAUGGAGGAACCAUUGUACAAUGAAGAAAUGGAGAGAGAAUUAGGGUGGCAACCGCCACAUGGCAGAGGCCCUCCUCUGCCUCCACGUGAGAUAAUAGAUACGGGAGGAAUGAGGAGGAGACCUGUGGGUCGAGGAAUGGCUAGAGGCAUGUGGCGGCCAGGUCAAACACAUGAGGAAUAUGAAGAGGGAUAUAAUGAUGGUUACGUCGAGGAUUAUGGUCAUGGGGAAGACGGGUAUCGCUGGCGGCCACCACAGGACUAUCCUCCUGACCCUCGACAUGAGGCCAAGUACUAUGAGUCUGAAUGGGACAGAGAGCGUGCUCCUCCUGAGAGGGACUAUCCCCCCCGCAUGCCACCACCAGAGCCCUACAGAGAUGGCCAUUGGCUAGAGGAAAGAGAACGAGAGAGAGGUCACCCAUAUCCUUAUGAUGAGCAUGACAGGGGAAGAGGAGAACUUAAUAUCCGUGAAUACAGGGAUGAGUCACCAUACCGGCAGGAAGACCCACCAUACCCACCACCCUCACCUUCAGAAUGGGAUAGGCCUUCAAGACUUCCUCCACCACAAGAGAGAGGUUAUCCUGCUGACUAUGAGGAUCGAAGAGCCCGCUAUGAAGAACACAGGGAAGAGCCCCCUUUGGAUAGACCUCCACCUUUACCUUCAACUGCACCUGUGACAAACUUGCCAGAGAGCUCAGUUGAUCCAGCAACACAAGGAACAAGCGGAGCGAAUGUACUUGCUCUUUCCCAACGGCAGCAUGAGAUCAUCUUGAAAGCUGCUCAAGAGCUUAAACUUAUAAGGGAAUUGCAGGAGGGGAAGACACCUGGUACUGAACCUCAGCCUGCGCCAACUGACAUUCUGCCUGAGCUUCCUGCUGGUCUUCUCGGUUUGGAGAUCCCACCAGAAGUCAGGAAUGUUCUGAAGGGAAUGACUGCAUCUUCACAGACAGCUGUAACUGAACCUGUGUCUUGGGAUACCAAGCCUGCUGCCACAGAUUACCAGCCAUCUCUCACUGCUGCACCCACACUUCCAGUGAUUCCAAAGACUGUGGAUUAUGGGCAUGGGCAUGAGCCUGGAGCAACUGUUGAGCGGAUCUCUUAUGGUGAGAGAAUUGUAUUGCGGCCUGACCCAGUGCCGUCCGACAGGGGCUAUGAAAAAGAACCUCUUGGUCCCAGAGAUCCUUACAGCAGAGACCCAUAUUAUGAAAGACGAUCAGACCCUUACAUGGACCGCCGGGAUUACAGUAGAGAGAGGGAAUUAUACAGAGAAAAGCCUCCACCUGAAUAUGAAAGAGAAAGAUUUGAGAGGGAGCGCUAUCCCCCAAGAGAGAGAAAUGACAGCACACAGUCAAUGGUUGAAGAAAGAUCUCCACUGGCACCUCCUUUGCGCUCAGGAUACAGGGAGAGAGACCGGGAUCUUCGAGAGAGGGAGCGAAGUGACAGUCGUGAUCGAGAUGAACAUUAUGGAAGGCCUGGCUAUGAUAGACCUCCAUACGAGCGUGCUGGACUCGACCGCAGUGGGCCUGAGCGUUACAGCCAUAGCUCCUCACCUUACGUGGACAGAAGAAGUUACCCAGAGGACCGAGGGCCUCCCACUGUACCACCCCUCCCACCUCCACCUCAGCCACCCGCACGAGUCGAGAGGAAGCCAGAAAUCAAGAAUAUCGACGAUAUCCUCAAACCACCUGGCAGAUUAUCUCGGCCUGAAAGGAUUGUCAUCAUAAUGAGAGGGCUUCCAGGAAGCGGCAAAAGCCAUGUUGCAAAGCUCAUACGGGAUAAGGAAGUUGAUUGUGGCGGUGCACCUCCAAGGGUUCUUGUUUUGGAUGAGUAUUUCAUGACCGAGGUUGAGAAAGUUGAGAAAGACCCAGACACGGGGAGAAGGGUCAAAACCAAGGUUCUUGAGUACGAGUAUGAGCCAGAGAUGGAGGAUACCUACCGGAGCAGCAUGCUUAAAACAUUCAAGAAAACUCUGGAUGACGGCUUUUUUCCCUUCAUCAUUUUAGACACUAUUAAUGACAGGGUUAAACAUUUUGAUCAGUUCUGGAGUGCAGCCAAAACGAAAGGCUUUGAGGUGUACCUGGCUGAAAUCACUGCAGACACACAGACUUGCUCAAAGAGAAAUGUCCAUGGACGCACGCUGAAGGAUAUAAUGAAGAUGUCCAACAACUGGGAGCCUUCACCGCGUCAUAUGGUGCGCUUGGAUGUCCGGUCUCUGCUUCAGGAUGCUGCUAUAGAGGAGGUUGAAAUGGAAGACUUCAAUCCCGAUGACGAGCCUAAGGAACCCAAGCGAGAGGAGGAAGAAGAGGGUGAUCUGGGCUACAUUCCAAAAAGCAAAUGGGAGAUGGACACGUCUGAGGCUAAACUCGACAAGUUGGACGGCCUGGGGAGCAGUGGGAAGAGGAAACGUGAAGACAUGGCAGGCCUGGAUCACUACCUUCAGCUGCCAGACGACUAUGCCACUCGCAUGUCCCAACCAGGAAAGAAAAGGGUUCGAUGGGCUGAUCUUGAAGAGCAGAAGGAUGCGGAUCGAAAGCGCGCCAUCGGCUUUGUGGUGGGUCAAACGGACUGGGAGAGAAUAACAGAUGAGAGCGGCAAGCUGGCACAAAGAGCUCUCAACCGUACCAAGUAUUUCUAAGAAGAUAAUCUUAUCCCCCCUUUUUCCCCUCUUCAUUUAAAGAUGUCCAAAAUGUGAAAACACUGAAGCUUAACUUGUGGUGAGAUGAGACUCAUCAAGGUGACAUCACCAAUAGUUAUCAAAUUUGUAGUUAUUUCAUUGAUAAGGAUACAGUCUAGUUUUCUUUGUCUUAAUUUUAAACAGACAUUCUGGUUAGUCACUAAUACAUUUGUAGUUUAUGAUUCUGUGCUUCUUCUGGUCAUGUAUCCUGUAUUCAGUCAUGUUUUAUACUCUUCAUGCUUUCUGUACUGUAUACCUGUAGUACUGUUUCUUGGUCCAUGCAUACUUGAAAAAAAGACAAUAAAUGAUUCACAAAAUUA